CCUCAGCGGCUCCCCUGUAGGCGCAAAAUGGCGGCGUCCAGUGAGCGUCGUCGGCCGGCCGUUCUUCACUGCUGCUGCUGCUGAGCGAGCACCAGCUUUUCUUCCUCUUGAACUUGGAUCCGACUAGGGAUUUACAAAGACCACUUCCUCUGAAUUCAUGGUGUUUCCUCAUCUGUACAACAGAUACUGGUAAAAUCUUUUAGAUUACUGUUACUGGACCAAAAAGAUGACCUCUAUUAUCAAAUUAACUACCCUCUCAGGGGUCCAAGAAGAGUCGGCUCUUUGCUAUCUUCUACAGGUUGAUGAGUUUAGGUUUUUACUGGAUUGUGGCUGGGAUGAGCACUUUUCUAUGGAUAUCAUAGAUUCCCUAAGGAAGCAUGUUCACCAGAUCGAUGCAGUACUCCUGUCUCACCCUGAUCCUCUCCAUCUUGGUGCCCUCCCAUAUGCUGUGGGGAAGUUGGGUCUGAACUGUGCAAUCUAUGCAACCAUUCCUGUUUAUAAAAUGGGACAGAUGUUCAUGUAUGAUCUUUAUCAGUCUCGACAUAAUACAGAAGAUUUUACACUCUUUACAUUGGAUGAUGUGGAUGCAGCCUUUGAUAAAAUACAGCAGCUAAAAUUCUCUCAGAUUGUCAAUUUGAAAGGUAAAGGCCAUGGUUUGUCCAUCACACCUUUGCCAGCUGGUCAUAUGAUAGGUGGAACAAUAUGGAAAAUAGUCAAAGAUGGAGAAGAAGAAAUUGUUUAUGCAGUUGACUUCAACCACAAGAGGGAGAUCCACUUAAAUGGAUGCUCCUUGGAAAUGCUAAGCAGACCCUCUCUACUUAUCACAGAUUCAUUUAAUGCUACAUAUGUGCAGCCUAGAAGAAAACAGAGAGAUGAGCAACUUCUGACAAAUGUCCUGGAGACACUUCGAGGUGAUGGGAAUGUAUUAAUAGCAGUGGACACUGCAGGCAGAGUUUUGGAACUUGCUCAGCUUCUUGAUCAGAUUUGGAGAACUAAAGAUGCAGGAUUGGGUGUUUAUUCAUUGGCACUCCUAAAUAACGUCAGUUAUAAUGUGGUGGAGUUUUCCAAAUCCCAGGUAGAAUGGAUGAGUGAUAAGUUGAUGAGAUGUUUUGAAGACAAAAGAAAUAACCCAUUUCAGUUUCGCCAUCUCUCUUUGUGCCAUGGUCUUUCUGACUUGGCUCGAGUACCGAGUCCCAAAGUUGUACUUGCCAGCCAGCCUGACCUGGAAUGCGGAUUUUCAAGGGAUCUCUUUAUUCAAUGGUGUCAGGACCCUAAAAACUCAAUCAUUCUAACUUACAGGACAACUCCUGGGACUUUAGCACGAUUCCUAAUAGAUAAUCCUUCUGAAAAAAUUACAGAAAUAGAGUUGAGGAAACGUGUGAAGCUUGAAGGGAAAGAGCUUGAGGAAUACUUGGAAAAAGAAAAACUAAAGAAAGAAGCUGCCAAAAAACUGGAGCAAUCAAAAGAGGCAGACAUAGAUUCCAGUGAUGAGAGUGAUGUGGAGGAAGAUAUUGACCAGCCAUCAGCUCAUAAGACAAAGCAUGAUCUGAUGAUGAAAGGGGAAGGUAGUCGGAAAGGAAGUUUCUUCAAACAGGCAAAGAAGUCCUAUCCUAUGUUUCCUGCCCCAGAAGAAAGAAUUAAAUGGGAUGAGUAUGGAGAGAUUAUCAAACCAGAGGAUUUCUUAGUGCCAGAACUUCAAGCUACUGAAGAAGAAAAAAGCAAAUUGGAAUCUGGUUUGACAAAUGGAGAUGAACCUAUGGAUCAAGAUUUAUCUGAUGUUCCUACCAAGUGUAUUUCUACAACAGAAUCUAUAGAAAUCAAGGCCAGGGUUACUUACAUAGACUAUGAAGGGCGCUCUGAUGGGGAUUCCAUUAAAAAAAUCAUUAAUCAGAUGAAACCAAGGCAGUUGAUCAUUGUCCAUGGCCCACCAGAAGCCAGUCAAGAUCUGGCAGAGUGCUGCCGUGCCUUUGGAGGGAAAGAUAUUAAAGUGUACAUGCCAAAGCUACAUGAGACUGUUGAUGCCACCAGUGAAACUCAUAUCUACCAAGUGAGAUUAAAAGACUCACUUGUCAGCUCCCUUCAGUUUUGUAAGGCCAAAGAUGCAGAAUUAGCAUGGAUUGAUGGUGUCUUAGACAUGAGGGUUUCCAAAGUGGACACGGGCGUUAUUUUGGAAGAAGGAGAGCUCAAGGAUGAUGGAGAGGACUCAGAAAUGCAAGUAGAUGCGCCUUCAGAUUCCAGUGUUCUAGCACAGCAGAAAGCCAUGAAAAGCCUGUUUGGAGAUGACGAGAAAGAAACCGGGGAGGAGAGUGAGGUCAUCCCUACUCUGGAACCCUUGCCACCUCACGAGGUUCCUGGACAUCAAUCUGUUUUUAUGAAUGAACCAAGACUAUCAGACUUCAAGCAAGUUCUUUUGCGGGAGGGGAUUCAAGCUGAAUUUGUCGGAGGUGUUCUUGUGUGCAACAAUCAAGUAGCAGUCCGUAGAACGGAAACUGGACGCAUUGGAUUAGAAGGCUGCCUUUGUCAAGACUUUUAUAGGAUAAGAGACCUUUUAUAUGAACAGUAUGCCAUUGUGUAAAGGACAUGAUGUCAAGAAGUAUCUGCUUGACCUUUCUAAGAAAAAAGGAUUCCUAUCUCAUUCUAUGCUUUUGCUGUUUUGUUUUGUAACAUACAAAAAAAUCUGCCUGAAAGACUGAACAUGUAUUAGAUCUUGAAAAAAUGUCAGUGGAGGACAUGGUAUGUAGCUCAGUGGUAGAGUGCUUGUCUAGCAUGUACAUAGUCUGGAUUUCAUCCCCAGCACUGCAGAAAACAGAAAAAUGUGAAUAGAGACCAUGUUGUCCCUACUUCAUGCGCACUAUACCUUUUAACUUUCAGAGUGAUGGAGGUCCUAAUAGGGUACAGCCCAAGGGUUAAAGAUGAUGGGUUCUAAAUUUAUAGACCCCUUACCUGAAGAAGGCUUUUACUUGAAUACAGCAGUGCACCUUAGCAAACCAGUUUCUGGCCUUAGAGAAACAUGUCUGCAUGUAUUCUUGCAAACUGUUUCUUAAUAUUUUCUGAAAUGAAAAGGGAGAAUUAUUUAGAAAAGACGUGCUACAAGAAAAUAAGGAAAUAAGACAAACCAAAUUGGUAGGACAGUUUUUUGAAGCUUGGGUAUUUAAAGACAAAAACAUAUCAUACAUGCUAUGACUCCUCUUGUGAAUCCUGAUAUGUGAUUGUUUUCACAUGGAGUGGUAAACUCCUUGCCUGCAUUUCCCAGUGACUUACUCCAGUGUGAGAUACACACAUUUUGUUAGGAAUAAAUUUUUAUUUCUCCCA